AUGGAUAUUUGCCGAAGUUCGUUGCGAGUGUGCCUCGAAACCUCGCCUUGGCUCGAGGCUGUCGAGGAAGCGAAGCGUGUCCGCGUUCGCGUGGACGACAUGCCAGCGGCCCUUCAUCCUGUCGGCACGGCAACCACUUCUAUCCGCCUCGGAGACGACCGCAACGAGGCAGACGAGCGCACCGACCAAGUGACCGGCAAUCCAACCGCCUCGGCCAGAAGCCUCACGUUCAUCGGCUCGGUCGUCCGACCAACCCACGGACUCGUCUCACGCGGCCACCAGUUGCUGAGGCUCGACUGCGACGCCGUCGCUAGCCCGGCAACUGACGACCAGUCGUCUGGCAACCUGAUAGAUCCAGCCAACCCAGUCGAGUCAACGAACCCAACGGGUCCGACGAACUCGAGGGAUUCGGUUGACUCGGCCGAUUCAGUCGACUCGGCCGCCGGAUUCAGCCCGCCCAUCGAAUACGCAGUCCCCUCGGGCCUUGGAGACCUGUUGCCAGGGCCAACCGUCGCAUCUUCCGCGACGAGCAUGAUGGCGGCCACGCCAUCAUGGUACGAGGCUGCGGCAGCGGCAGCUGCUGCCGCCAGCGACCAGCAGCAACGCCUCACAAACGAGUACAACGAAUACAGUGAGUUCCAGUUGGGUUUCGAAACAGCACCCUCCGCUGUUGCCGUCAAGGUUGUUUUGUCUCGAGGCGGACACGGAUUGCGUGUCAAAGCGGCUGUUGAUGACGAGCCUGAAGGGUUGCUUUGUGCUGUCGCCUAG